AUGGCGCAGCAUUCCAGCAUCGCGCGGUCGGCUAUCAUGACGUCGGCCACCUCGCCUGAUCUCAAGGGCCUGGGAGAUCAGAGACUUAUGAACCAACGGCCCAGUGGCAUCAGUUCCCACGGAGCUAGUCUCAGCUCGGGAAAAGAAGGAACUCUGAAGCCUCCUCCGAAGACUGUGGUCGGGAGAGCGCUAGGGAAUGACUUGCAUUCCGAUGCCCACAAAACCUCACAGCCGCCCAAGGGCGGAGUCGGAACCGUUCUGACUGACACUCCGAUUUCUACCGCACCCCCGUCUCCACAGAUCAAUGGUCUCUCCACCAUCAGUACCCCCAGUCGGGUUCGUGCAACCACUCUUGAUAUUCCCGGCCUGACCAAGUCCAAGGUCUCCCCGGACGGACGCAUCGCCCAGCGUGAUGUUGGCUCCAAGCUCGUUAUCGUCAUGGUCGGCCUGCCGGCUCGAGGCAAGAGUUACAUCACCAAAAAGCUGGCUAGAUACUUAAAUUGGCUUCAGCAUGACACCGAGAUCUUCAACGUCGGUGAACGUCGCCGUGUCGCCGCUGGCAAGUCACCCUCGCCGGCCAUGCUUGGACGCCCCUUGGAGAAACGCGCCAGCAAUGUUCACAAGGAUCUCGUGGACUCUGUGCGCCGACUGAGCGUCAGCGUUGGAACGAUGAACCAAAAUGAAUCGUCCCCACCCGAGAACAAUUCGCCACCAAAUGAUACUGCUCUUCCACCCCCAGCGGUUCCGGACAAGAUUCUCAUCAACGGACAGGAGCCCGGAUCCAUCUCACAGAAUGGAAGCACUGUGAUUCCUUCCAUCGAUGCAGGUCCUGCCCAGUCCACCGACAACAACGAGCUCAUUAGAGAAGCCUCCCCUGAACCAAUGGAUCAGAGUGCAAACUUCUUUGAUCCCCAGAACCAGCGUGCUGUCAAGCUCCGUGAGCAAGUGGCACUGGAUACUCUCGACGAGCUGCUCGAGUACAUCCUCGAGGAAGGUGGCAGCGUUGGCAUUCUCGAUGCCACAAAUAGCACCAUGGAACGUCGCAAGGCUAUUGUCGAUCAUAUCCGCAAGCGUGCUGGCCCCGAGCUGGGCAUUCUGUUCCUCGAGAGCAGCUGUGUGGACAAGAACCUCCUGGAAGCUAACAUGCGCCUGAAGCUUUCUGGCCCCGACUACAAGGGUCAGGAUCCGGUCACUGCUCUGGCAGACUUCAAAAAGCGUGUUGCUCUGUACGAGAAUUCAUACGUUCCACUUGGUGAAUACGAGGAGAAGCACGACAUGGCCUACAUCCAAAUGAUUGACGUAGGCCGCAAGAUCGUUUCGCAUCAGACCCACGGAUUCCUCUCCUCUCAGGUCGUCUACUACCUGCUCAACUUCAACCUUUCUCCUCGCCAGAUCUGGAUCACCCGCCAUGGUGAGAGCGUGGAUGACGAGGCCGGUCGCAUUGGUGGAGAUUCCGACCUCAGCGAGAAUGGCAAGCGCUACGCAAAGGCCUUGGCUCGCUUCGUCGACCACCAACGCAAGCAGUGGGAGCUUUACCAGCGCCAGAAGAACCUCAUCGAGCACUUCCCACCCCGCCCUGGUGACAGCACCCCUCCCAACCCGUCGUACAUUCCUCGUGAUCGCCCUCGCAAUUUUUGCGUGUGGUCGUCGAUGAUGAAGCGUGCUGUCCAGACUGUUGAGCACUUCAAUGAGGAAGACUAUGAUGUCAAGGAAAUGCGCAUGCUUGACGAGCUCCACUCCGGAAAGAUGGAGGGCAUGACAUACAAGGAGAUUCAGCAGCAAUACCCUGAGGAGUAUGCUCACCGCAAGAAGGACAAGCUUUUCUACCGCUACCCUGGUCCCGGUGGAGAAAGCUAUUUGGACAUCAUCAACCGUCUCCGAGCCGUUAUCGUUGAGGUCGAGCGCACCACCGACCACGUCCUUCUGGUUAGCCACCGAUCUACUGCCCGUGUCCUUCUGUCUUACUUCCGCGGUCUGAAGCGCGACAUGGUCGCUGACCUGGAUGUUCCCAUGGGCAUGCUGUACAUGUUGGAGCCCAAGCCUUAUGGUGUCGACUUCAAGGCUUACCAGUACAAUCCUGAGACUGAUUGGUUUGACUACGUUCCCAACUAUGAGUUACAUCAGGUCGGUUCACAGUAA